CCAAGCAAAUGGCAAAAUUUCGAAGAGCUUCUCACCGCCUUUCUACAGUUGGCCGCCACCUGAAACGGAACAUGUCAGGCUCGCACUUUACACCGGGCAAGACAAAGAAGUUAAUUCUCAAAUAUUGUAAAAAAUAUCGAGAGCAUUGCUGCCUGCUCUUCGUAUUCGAUCAUCCUUGGAAGUGACUCUGCAUCUCAAAUAAUUCCCGAUAAAUCGUGUUAAAAGGACAACCGGGCAAGUCGCUUAACCAAGUGUGGGGCAAUUUUUCCAAACUCCCAUCUGGCUGAACCCCACCACGUUCUGCGCAGCGCACAAAAUCUCGUCAAUUAUCCCGACGACGAAGAUCCCCAGUCCCCGCGGCAGCACAACCCAACCACAUCGGCAACCCAUCCGUUUUCGCAGCAGAUCCACGAUACGGACUAGCCCGAUUUAUUGCCCAGCAUGGCGCCGUCGUUCGACCACUUGCGCGAUGAGGACCUCGAUGAGGAGGAUUUCGACAUGGACGAGGUCGACAUCUCAGAUCUCCGCGAGAAAUACGAAGUCCAGCUAGAGCAGGGCUAUGACACAUUUGUCGUCGUCGACGGCUUGCCCGCGGUUACCGAGGAGCAAAAACCGAAGCUCAUCAAAUUUUUACUAAAGAAACUCAACACGGUCGGGAGGGUCAGUGAGGAUUCAGUCUACAUGCCCAUGGGCGAUGACGGCUUGUCGCUGAGGUUUGCCUUUGUUGAAUACUCGUCGCCCGCCGAGGCCGCCGCGGCCGUGCGGCAGCUCGACUUCACCCCGCUCGACAAGAAGCACACCCUGCGCGUCAACAAGCUCACCGAUGUUGACCGGUAUGGGCGGGAGGGCCGCAUCGACGAGGAGUACACGGCGCCCAAGAUCGAAGAGUUCCAGGAGAAGGAGCACCUCCGAUCUUUCAUGUCGGACCCGAGCGAGCGUGGCAGAGACCAGUUUGUCAUGUUCAGGGGGGAGACGGUGGGCGUGUUCUGGAACAACGAGAAGGACCAACCAGAGAAUAUUGUCGACCGGCAACAAUGGACCGAAACCUUCGUUCAGUGGUCGCCUCAGGGGACAUAUCUCACAUCCGUCCACGCUCAGGGCGUGCUACUCUGGGGUGGCGCCUCAUGGGCGAGGCUCAGGCGGUUCCCGCACCCCUUCGUCAACCUGGUCGCCUUCUCACCUAACGAAAAGUAUAUGGUCACCUGGUCAAACCGGCCCAUCUCGAUCCCCGACAGCGGACACUCCGCCCUAUCGCUCGACGACGACGGCAAGAACUAUGUCAUCUGGGACCUCGAGACAUCCAAGCCCCUGCGGUCGUUUGCCCAGCAGGACACACCAGCAACCGGCGAUGAUCCGGCCAAGAAGCCGGCCAAGUUCCCCUGGCCCGCGUUCAAGUGGUCCGCAGACGACAAGUACGUGGCAAGGCUGAACCAAGGCACCUCGAUCUCCGUGUACGAGCUUCCCAAAAUGAAUCUCAUGGACAAGACGGCGAUCAAGAUCGAGGGCGUCAUGGACUUUGAGUGGGCGCCCGCCACCCCGCGCCGGGACGGCGUCAAGACAUACGAACAGCUCUUCUGCUUCUGGACACCCGAGAUCGGCAGCAACCCCGCGAGGGUCGGCCUGAUGAGCAUCCCCUCCAAGCAAAUCGUUCGGUCGCUCAACCUAUUCAGCGUGUCCGACGUCAAGCUCCACUGGCAAUCUGAUUCCUCCUAUAUCUGCGUCAAGGUUGAUCGGCACUCCAAGUCCAAGAAAUCCCAGGCGACAACGCUCGAGAUAUUCCGCGUCAAGGAAAAGGGCGUGCCCGUCGAGGUGGUCGACACCAUCAAGGACACAGUCAUUAACUUUGCCUGGGAGCCUAAGGGUGAUCGGUUCGUCAUUAUCACCAACCCCGAACCGGCCGGCGCCGUUGCUGUCGCGCCCAAGACCUCGGUCGCCUUUUUCUGUCCUGAGAAGGCCAAGGGCAACGCGGUCGGCAACUUCAAGCACCUGCGGACACUCGACAAGAAGAACAGCAACGCCAUCUACUGGUCACCAAAGGGCCGCUUCGUCGUCGUCGCCGCCAUCGCCAACACCCAGAGCUCCGACCUCGAUUUCUUCGACGUCGACUUUGAGGGCGAGAAGCCAGAGGGCGAGAAGGACCUCACGGCGAACCUGCAGCUGAUGAACACAUCGGAGCACUAUGGCAUGACCGACAUCGAGUGGGACCCCUCGGGCCGCUACGUCGCCACCUGGGCGUCAUCGUGGAAGCACGCGAUGGAAAACGGCUACCACCUCUACGACUUCCGCGGCGAGCCGCUGCGCGAGGAGGCGAUCGAGAAGUUCAAGCAGUGGUCGUGGCGGCCGCGGCCGGCGACGCUGCUGACCAAGGAGGAGCAGAAGCAGAUCCGCAAGAACCUGCGCGAGUACUCGCGCGUCUUCGAGCAGGAGGACGCCGAGCGCAUCAGCAGCGCCGACGUCGCCGUCGUCGACGCCCGCCGCCGCAUGCUGCUCGAGUGGGUCGCCUGGCGCGAGAGCAUGGACGAGGAGCUCGCCGAGGACCGCGCCGCCCUCGGCCUGCCCGAGGACCCCGUCGCCGAGCUCCUCCAGAAGAAGACCGCGGCUGCUGCUGCCCCUGCGGGCGAGGAGGUCGAGGAGCAGGUCGUCGAGGAGAUCAUGGAGGAGGUCCUCGAGGAGACGGAGGAGAUUGUCAAUUAGACUGCUGCCGCCGCUCCUGCUGCUGGUGCUGCUGUGUAACGUUGAGUUUGUGCCUCAGGUUAGGGCGGGAGCGCGUGAAAUUCUAUCCGUUUGUCCCGUCUGGGCAAAUUUCUUCCUUCCUCUCUCUGUCGCGCUACGCCGGGUGCUUGUCCUGGAUUCUUGGUGGAUGCACAGUCCUCUGGAGCUGGGAAACGGGUUCGAGUGGGAUCGGGACGGGGGCCAUGGUGGGGUGGUUUGAGUUUGGGGUUGGGGUUGGGUUUGGGUUCGGGCCCCGGAGAAUGAAGAUGGUAGUUAACUAGUGGUGAGGGCAUCAAAA